CUCGCCUUGUCACCAUGCAGCGCACACAGCAGCCCAUCGUGACGGGCACCUCGGUGCUGGGCAUCAAGUUUGACGGCGGAGUCAUGGUCGCGGCAGACACGCUGGGCUCGUAUGGCUCGUUGGCACGGUUCCGCGACCUGCGGCGGGUGCGGCAGGCCGGCGAGUACACGCUGCUUGGCGGGUCGGGCGACUACAUGGACUUUGAGGCCAUGCUGGAGUACGUGGACGAGCUGCUGCUGGAGGACACGACUCUCGACGCGCCGCCGUCGUACACGCCGCGCGAGCUGCACCAGUACUUGGCCCGGAUCUACUACAACAAGCGGUCCGAGUUUGAUCCACUGUGGAACCAGCUAGUGGUGGGCGGCGUCCGUGACGGCGACGUCUUCCUUGGAUACGUCGAUCUGCAGGGUACACACUACGAGGACGAGACCGUGGCUACCGGAUACGGCUCGUACAUCGCCCGCCCGCUCCUCCGCGAGGCCUACCGCGACGACCUGACAGAGGCCGAGGCGCGCAAGGUUCUCGAGGACGCCAUGCGGGUCCUCUUCUACCGCGACGCCCGUACAAUCAACCGCAUCCAGAUCGGUGUCGCCACCGAGGCCGGCGGCAUUGACAUCUCCGAGCCCUUCGAGCUGGAGACCGAUUGGACUGUCGGCAUCCGCAAGCACUGACCGCCGCUGCCAACUGUUCGAGCAAAACUCCCCCCCCCC